AUGGGCAUCUGGCACAAGUUCUCCUCGGUAGCCCAUCCUCAAACCAAAGGCCAGAUGGAGGUUACAAACCGAGCUAUCCUCCAGAGAUUGAAGAAACUACUGGAUGGGGCAAAGAAGGAUUGGGCAGCCGAGCUCAACAACAUCCUGUGGGCAUUCAGGACCACCCCUCGGACGCCAACGAAGGAAACACCAUUCGUGCUAGCAUUUGGCACCGAGGCUGUGGCCCCCAUCGAGCUGCAAGUCCCUACUCACCGCGUCCAGUUCAAAAACGAGAACACCAACGGUGAUAAGUUGAGGAGUAACCUGGAUGCCCUAGAGGAGAUCAGAGAAGAACCCAGAUCAGCACCGCUACUUAUCAACAGAAGGCAGCUCGCUACUACAAUCAAAAGGUUAGGGAAAGGAGCCUGA